CAUUUUAUAUUUCCCGCCAUGACACUUCCUUGAGCGUUCACUCUGUUCUCUAUGUUGUCAAAUGAUUGAUUAUUAGUGUGUAAAGUUAUUAAAUGGAAGAUGAAGAGAAAGUGGAAGCUCUAUCGAAAGACACAUAUGGACGUUCUUCAGUAGUAAGAAUUUCUUCCUAAGCACAAUGUCAAAGCGUCGCUUGACUGAGAGAGACAACCAAGCCAAGAAAAAGCGUAGGCAUGAUGCUGGAGAACCUGACCCAUCCAUGGAGGAUGAAGAUGAUGGUCCCAUCAACCAGUCACAGAACCCUGACUUCAAUACAAGCCCGGAAGCUGAAGUUGGCAUAAUUGAGAAAAUUAGUGUGAAGAAUUUCAUGUGUCACACUCGUUUGGAUGUCAACUUUGGUCCUCAUGUCAACUUCAUUGUUGGAAGGAAUGGAAGUGGGAAGAGUGCCGUGGUGGCAGCGCUGGUUGUUGGCCUGGGGGGCAAGGCCUCAGUGACAAGCAGGGGCAGCACCAUCAAGGGAUUCAUCAAGAGUGGGAAAAGCACUGGUGAGGUGCAGAUCAAGCUGCGGAACCGAGGCCCCGAUGCCUUCAGGCAUGAAAUGUACGGAGACUCCAUCACUGUGCAGAGGAAGUUCACAUCAGAGGGGAACAGCAAAUACCAGCUUCUCUCAAAAAAUGGUGUAAUGGUGUCAGACAAGAGGGAGGAGUUGUUCCACAUCUUGGACCAGUUCAACAUUCAGGUGGACAAUCCUGUUGCCAUCCUGAAUCAGGAGACAAGUCGCAACUUCCUCAACUCCAAGAGCCCUCAGGAUAAGUACAAGUUUUUCCUGAAGGCCACACAGCUGGAGACCAUGAAGCAUGACUACGCAAAAGCCAACGAGCAAAAGUCCAUCACCCUUGAGAUCAUCAGGCAGAAGGAAAGGUCUCUGCCUGUCUUGGAGAAGGAGGUGAUUGAUUGGGAACACAAAUUCAAAAGUUUGGAUGCCAUCGAUGAACUGAAGAAGAAAGUCAAACAUUUGAAGAAUGAAAUGGCUUGGUCUUUGGUUGCUGCAAAAGAAAGGGGUUUGGAGCCCAUCAAGAAGAAACUUGACCAGGAGGACUCCCGGACUCCCAAGUAUCUAAAGAAGGUUGAGGAGGUGAAGGAGAACCUGGAGAAGCGUCAGCAAACACACAGACAGAUCCAGGACCAAAUCCUUGCCAUCAGUGAGGAGGUACAGAAACUGGAACCACAGAGGAAACAGGCCAAGUCCAACAUGCAGCAGGAGAGGGAUGCAGCCAGACAGGCCCAGAAUGAAGUGAACAAGACUGAGAAGGACCUGCGAACCUGUUGCCGAGAUCGGGACAUGGUGAAAGAGAGGAUCGAGGAGAUCAAGAAUAGUGCCCAGCAUGACUAUGAGGCUGAGCGGCGGGCUCGGCAGGACAAGAUUGACCAGCUAAUGGAGAAAUCCAGAGCACUGGAGGGACAGCAGAGAACCACAGACCACCAGAAGAACCAGUUCCGGGAUGCUGUCACCAAGUACACCAAUGAUGGCUACACUCUCAGGCGAGAUGAGCAGGGCAUACAGGACAAGCAGGACAGUGACAGGCAGCAGCUCAAGAUGUUGAUGGCUGCUCGCAGUGACCGACUCAAGCGUUUUGGACAGUUUAUCCCUAAUAUCGCCAAGCGGAUAGAUGAGUUCCACAGGAAGGGAUAUUUCCAUGAGAAACCAAGAGGACCUCUAGGCUUUUACCUGUUGUUCGGUCUGUGGGGGAAGUAUCCCCCGAGCUGA